CUACACACCAUACAGACGCAGUGGUACUAGUAGAUCUUCUAAUAUAAUAGGAUUAUAAUUAUCCUGGCGGUGCUGCUCUUGAAGUACUCCAGUCGAUAGCAAUAUGCUUGAUGAAAAGAUGGACACCGAUGAACAGAUAGAAAUGCAGCCACUCGUCGAGGGCAGCUCAGGCCUGAUGAGCUUACGCCUUGGUUCACCGGAGGGUCCUUCUAAAAAUAACUCUCUCUCGGAUAGAUGUGGCUUCCUGUCAUUCCGUACCAUGAAGCGUUGGGUAUACGUUGGUUUGGUGCUGCUCCUGUUUGUGGCAACGUCCAUUCCGCUUUUGACCGUCCAUUUCAUCAAAGGACCUACGACAUGUCAGCGGCUGGAAGAAAAGAGUAUCCACGGACAACCAAUCAACUUGGUGGAUGGCAAUCGCACCAUUUGGCUGGAAACCUUCAUAGGCAACGGAUACAACAUUGGAAAUGCAUUGUCCGAAUACUGGGCAUCUCGUGCCUUGGCACAAAUGGGAGGAUACAACCUCUUCCGACAUGGACAUACAGCCACCAGUGAGUUUGAUGGUUGGACCAACGGUGAAUUUGUCCGAUUUCUCCCACACAAUGUCACCAAUACCGGUACUGCAGAAGAGAAUAAUUCCAAUGAUCCCAAAGCAUUUCAGCGGUUUCUCUGCAACACUCCUACCGAGCUCAUGAAUAUCCACGAAUACCAGUACGGCUGGAGUGAUAUUUGGGAGACCAUUCAAAAGGAGGAAAUUGCCGCUUUGAAAAAAUAUGCCGACCACAGGUACAGCAACGAUGCCGAAAGUAGGCGACAACUCCUGGGGGAAUUCUAUGAACAGGAUGAUUGGUUCAUCUACGAUAGGUGUUGUAUCUUCUGCCAUCCUAUACAUGGGUUUGCCACCCUUUCCUUCUAUGAUAAUAUCCCUAGCACUGGAACUUUUAAAGUGUAUUCCAUAUCGGGCCAUUAUGAGGGUUGGGGAGCAGCAUUUUGUGAGGAAUUGCAUCAAAUUCGAGAUGACUACAUCCGAGCCCGCAAUCCGAAUGUUACAAUAGUUUCACUGCAGAACUCGGAUGACCGUGAUGUUGACUUUGGGCGAAUAGCAUUUGCUCCCAAUCUCUUGAUACCAUCCGCUGGGUCGUCAUGGGGGCUUUGGGCUGCAGUUGCUAACGCUGGAAAUGUGGUGACAGUCAAGAUUAUGCAUGACUAUGAUUAUGUAUCCAAAGUGUCACCCCCAAACUAUCAUGUUGACAAGCAUGCCACUGUGCUCUACAACCCAGAAUGGUAUCCACCAGCCGCCAAAGUGCUUGGAUUCAGCAAUUCUAGCACUUUCCUAGAAACUCCAGAAGGCAAGAAGAAGCUAUUUGACUGCUUUAUCAACUGUUAGUGAUGAUGAUAAUAUUAUUGAGAAUAAGAUGAAAACAAGUCGCAAAAGUACAUUGUAAUACAGUAGUCUACAAGUGACUCCCAGAGCUGUCGGCUGCUUCGUAGUACAGUACUCAGUACAGUAUCUAGUUAUUACGACGGUACCGGUUGGCUGUUGGAACCUCUGCUGCGUCCUAUGCAUGUAUGCGUAGCUUUUUUAUCCGCGUACGGUAUUCUUGAAGUUCACCAACAGAACUUGUCCACCAUGAGAGAAGUUAAGAUUGGGCGUAGAGAUCCAAGAAAACACGCUGAAUUUCCAGUCACUGGAUGUGGUUGCAGUGUUUUAGUGCUUUUCGCUCAUAUUUACACCUCCUCCCACUGUUACUAUUUUGUGCGGAUGUACUGAAGGACGGAUACUACAUGUUGUCGAGAAAAGAUGGGUUUUCAAGGACAUGAUGUGGCGCGGAGGCAAUUAUCAUCAAUCUUUUUCGGUUGCUCCUUGGAUUUAGUUAAAAUCUUAGCAUUAUUACUGAGUACC